CCAAAAAGUGAAAAAUUGGGCGGGAUAUCCAAAAGAAGCUAAAAUUUAGCGGGACUAAAAAAGGGCAAGGCGCCAAGUAAACACUAAAAGAGGCAAAACUUUCUCUCUCAAAGUAAAAUCCCUAAAUCUCCUCGCUCAAAAGCUUGAAUCCACAGCAAAGUAAAACCUUCUUGUCUGCGUACAACCAGUAUUAUCCGGCUAUAUCAAGAGUUUGCUAUGAAACCAUCAAAUAAAGAAAAUGAGGUGGCAUCCACUGUGAAAGAUACUGCCAAGUAUGUGUUUGUUGCACCAGGUGCUAUUGGGAAGGGACGAGGGAGAGGGCAUAAAUUUGUGCGCUCUUUAGGGGAUAAAACUAAUAUUUCAUUUUCUCCAUCUACUGAUCAAGUUAUGCAGUACAACCAAACUGUUGAAACAAGUCCUGUAGUGAAGGGACGAGGGCUAGGACUUAAAUCUAUGUGCCGUUUGCAAGCGCUUGGAAAUGAGGUGGGAUCCUUCCAUAAGAGUACAAGAUCAGAUUCUACCAUGUCUAUUGAUCAAGGAAUACGACCAAUGAAUAAAAAUCCAUUGAUUCUUGAGAAAUGGCAUAUGCAAACUAAUAUUCCAUCCUUUUCAUCUACUGAUCAAGUUAUGAAAUACAUCCAAGCAAAUUCAACAAGUAUGGUUUCUAAAUUCUAUUAUUGUUCAACGAUUGUACUGCUUCAUGGGAUAUAGUUGAAGAUGGUGAACUGUUGUAGCCUAUGCUGGGAAAUAUUAGUUUCUUUGCCAUUUUGGUGUUGUUUAAGAUUUGAAAGAUUCAUUCUUUAGACACAUCUAACUAAUCCCUGUGUGCAUUAGAGCUUUAGACACAUCUAAGUUUGAUAGUUCAGUCAUACUUGGUUGUUUGUCUUGCGAAACACCUUUCUUAUGAUUGUUUGACUCAAAGGCUAAGUAUAGGAAUCAUCAUUUUACUCUCUGUGAUGUCCUAUUUAAGUUCUUCCAGUUUCUCACAUCUCCUUGAAUUGGUCCCAGCAAAAAGAUCUCACCAGUAUAUCUUCAGUUGAAAUGGGUUGUAAAAUUAAUUGUAUGGUGAAUAUCUCAAAAGUAAUUUUCUCCAAUGAAAAAAAUUCUCCUACCUCCCAAAAGAUAUAACCGCUCACAGAAACACUUGUCGCUUGUAUUGUAAACAUUUUGUGAGAUGUGAUUUCUUAAUCUCAAUAGAAAUUCCAGAAAAGCAAUUAUA